AUGGGCAAGAAGAAGAAGAAGCAGCAGUCUUCCUCGUCCUCAUCCUCAUCUGAUGAUGAUAACGACGACGAGGAGGAGGAGGAGAAGCAGCAGCGGAAAAAGACCAACAAAUAUGGAAACGAUGCUGCUGCCGAUGAGGAUGAAGAAGAGUCAGGUACGUGA